AUGACACAACCCAACUUGUUCGUAACGCAGGAGCCUCUUGAGUACAGACCGCCAUCCACACCUCCAGAGUACGAUAACCCACCACCGUCCCUUGAUUGGAUGCGCUCGCCCGAUGGAUACAAGGAACGCACAUCUUGCUACUCACGAGAUGGCUACGUUAUCUACGGCUAUCCGUCUAAAGGACCCAAAGGCGAAGCAAUAAAAGAUUCCAUAAUAGCAAAGACAGGAGUAGAUAUUGUUGACCUUAAAUUCCUCGGAUUUGAUAGAUUCGCACCGCUAAAGGAACGCUUACCGGGUCAAGAGGCAGAAGACCGGUUCUGUGGUCUGCUCCGGAAAUUGGGGGGAAGGCAUUGGCGAAGUUACCACGCCCUAUAUAACGGCUCCGUAGAUGAAAUGACCGCAGAACGUGAUGAUGGGAUUAAGUGGUUUUUUGCAUGGCCAGGAAUCGAUGAACAUCCAAGCGCAAGAAACCUCGAGUGUACCAUUGGCAAAGAUGUGGUGGAGGAUGGUGGUGUUUGGGCUUUAGAGAAUGUAUAUGGGGUCGGUAUUGAGUUUGGGAAGCUUAGGAUGUGUCUUACGAUGGAAGAGAAGGUCAAGGUGAUGAAGGAGUUGGGUGCAGUCUUCUAUCCAGACCCGAGAGACUGUCCACCACUUGCAGAUCUCUAUCCUGCGCGCAAUGUGCCUCCCAAGGCGCCUAUUGAACAGACUAUAUAA